AUGAAACUGCAUGUUACCGUUUCAUUGGUCAUAUCAUUUGAAGUCAAUAGAGUUGAGCCAAUACAGUUGAGGAACUAUGCGACGACUGAACUGCAUUUGGUUGCAGUCAAGAAGAAUGCAUGUCGUAAAGAUUCGGGAUCUGUAAUUUCUCAGUCUAUAGUUGAUUCACUGUAUUUAGGGGAUUCGCUAACUCUCAACAAAUAUUCCAUUUUUGACAGUGUGGAAAAUGAUGAUCUAUUAGUCAGAACAGAGGAAAAUAGUCAAAACAACAACAACGUCAUAACAACAACAGUUACUGAUAUAAAUAUGAAUAAGAAACGUGAAGCCUUCAUCAUCGAUGAUGGACCUGUUCACCUUGUUACAAACAAGUUUUCUAAUCAGGUGGUACCGAGAACAAUGAUGAGAAAGUGCAUUCCAGUAGAGUGUACAAGUAGUCCAAUUGUCGAUAUAUUAGCUUCAACAGCUGUAGAUCAUCCUAAACCACCGUCAAAUUUCAAAGUGGGCAUUGGUCGUAUGAAGAAAUCUACAGCAGUACAAUGUGAUAGACGCAUAAAUUUAGUAAAAGAUAAAAGGAAAAGCAAAUUCAUUGAAUCACCAAGCCGUGAAGAAAAAAAUCAAGAUGGUGUAAAAAGUGGAAAUGAAAAGGGGAUCACGUUAUUGGAGAAAAUUAUUCGUACACAUCCUAUUUGGUAUUUGCAGCAUAUUGGGCGUUCUGCUGCUACACAUUUACUUCGCCCAAUGAACGAAGGGGCCUUUAUUGUGCGGUCAUCAUCAAAACCCAAUGCAAUGGCAUUAAGCAUUCGUUCACCUCCUGGCUUAACAUCGGAUAUUGAUCAUUAUCUCAUCGAAUCAGCUGGUCCGGAUAGAAGUGUACGUGUAGAAUCGUCGCCUUACCAAUUUAAAUCGCUUCCUUUAUUGAUUGAACAUUACUGUUUAAACGGUGAAGAACUUCAGACGAAUCUGGUUUUACCAGUUGCAGUUACACGCUGUUGCACGAGCAUGCAAUUGCAGAGUCUGGCAUUGAUGGGUCAAGGUUAG